AUGAAGGCAUUCCAUUCGUUCACAUUGGAAUAUCGCUACAGUGUCAUGUACCGAGAAGUUUUUCGAUCUCCCAAAGUUGAGUGGUGCAGCAUGGAAAGCUACUCCAAUCCAGCAUUCAAACUUCUUUUCGAAGUAUUACGAUUUGCAUCAAGCAACAUGUAUGUAGGAUGUCCUGUUAAGUUAGUCGAUUUUAAGAAUGCAAUAGUCCCAGUAAGAGUCAUGCCAGAAAUAUUUCCAAGGGGAGAUUAUCGAAUGAAACUUUUUUAUUAUGAUGGUUUGAUGAAUGACAGAUGGUACAUGAACGUCACUCUUAUUUCAACAGUCCGUUCAUCAGAACACUCGCGUUAUGGAUGA